AUGCAGCCUCCGUCGAAUCUCGAAGAUAUACCAGUCGCCGUCGAUGAUGCUGCUUCUUUGAUUCUCGCCCAUUCUUCAACAGUUCUAGAGAUGGCUACCUCUGCUAUCGUCUCGGCCGCCUCUAUGGCUUCCUCCACAGCCGCAUCCGCAACCUUUAUCGCGUCCGGAGCACCACACUCAUACGACGAAGACGAUUCGAACGGGGAGUGCUCGCUACUGGGCUCCUUCGCGUUGCUUGUGCAAGGUGCACUUGGUGCUCUGGCUCUACUCUCCCUCGUCUAUAAGCGGUGGCGGGAACGACCUCAACGGCCUCUCAAGAUUUGGUUCUUCGACGUGUCAAAACAGGUUUUCGGUUCUGUGCUUGUCCACAUCGCCAAUAUCUUCAUGUCCAUGUUGACGAGCGGCCGAUUCUCAGUCCAGGUCGACCCUUCAGCAACAUCCAUGACGAGACGAUCCGAUGACGAUAACUACGCCCCGAACCCAUGCUCUUUCUAUCUUCUCAACCUCGCGAUAGAUGCAAGUCUAGUUCGUUUCACACCCGUCGGACAACCCCCCGAAUCUGUUCAGUCUGGCAACUACGGUACCCCGCCCAAUGUAUGGUGGUGGUUGAAACAAUCAGUCAUUUAUUUCUGUGGCCUUUUUGGCAUGAAGAUCUGCGUGCUCAUCAUCUUCAUAAUGAUGCCUUGGAUCUCAAAAGCUGGCGACUGGGCUCUUGGCUGGACCGAGGGCAAUGAGAAGCUUCAGAUCGCGUUUGUCAUGAUGAUCUUCCCCCUCAUCAUGAACGCCCUCCAAUACUAUAUCAUCGACUCGUUCAUCAAGCUCAAAGAUACCAACCACGAAAGCCAUGGCAGCGAAUCUGAUGAUGAAGGCCGCCGCAGGAGGUACGACGACAGUGAGGACGAGACUUCACGUGCCAGGCUUGUCAAUUCGGAGCAUGAGACCGACAGUGAGUCCGAUGACGAAGACGAUAAGCCUGUCACGCAUCCUACUCAUUCCACGCAACCCAACGGCAGAGACUCUGGGGAGUAUGAUCCCGAGCGCGACGGUGAUGAUCGAACAAUUAUAGGAAGUAGUACGAGCGCCCGUGGUCCUCAGGACAAGGUUCCCCAAGAGCUAUAUCCCAAGGAGUAG